AUGAUCAUACUCAAACAAUUUCUUUGUCAACUAUUCUCUGGUCAAUGUCAAUUAACAACUCUUCGACUUGAUAUUAGCAACGAACUAAUGGAUGGUAAUAUUCAUCGAUGUUUAACAUCAAAUUCUCAUCUAUCUUCGAAUUUUAUGCGAUGUCAACCUCAAUCUUGUUGUAUGACUCUUCGUCGUUUAUUUAUUCGACUUAAAUAUACAUAUUUUCUGGAAAGUAUUAUCAAACAUGUACCCAAUCUCGAACAAAUGUCAGUUCAGUUUGAUUCUUCAUUGAGAUUAGAUCCAUUAUGGAAAUCGAAUGUUGAAACGCUGAGAAAAUCAAAUAGAAAUUGGUUUAAUAAAGUACCAAAACUACGAUAUUUAAGUUUACAAACUUUCAUUUACGAAGAUUUACAAUUUGUUUAUUUGAAAUGGCUUCUCAACAAUUUAAAUCAUGUUGAAAAACUUCGACUUCAUUUUAAAAGUGAUAAACUAAUUGAAACGAGGUGUCAAAAAAUAUGGAAAUCUUUUAUUGAUGCCAAUUUCAUUCGAGAAUAUUGUUUACCAGAUACAAUACCGAAUUUAAUUUAUUUCAAUUUUUAUAUUUAUUCAGAAUGUCAAUUAUCAUUUAAUGAUAUAGAAAAAAUAAUUAAUUCAUUUAAAAUUCAUUCUUUUUUUUAUUUCACAUCAAUGGACAAAUGUUAA